AUGUCACGGAUGCAUGUGGUCUUCCUCCUAAAGAACGUCGCUUCUCGAAUGAUCGUGUUGGCGGAGCCGGAUAUCGACCCUGAUCCUCGCUUUCUUCAUUGUCUCCUCCAGGCUGCUCCACCGAAACCUUUCGAAAAGGGACAGUCCAGUUGUGCCAAUCCUGUAAUUCAAGAGAGGAUUCAGAAGUAUGUCUGCAGCCAGAAACGCCGAUAUAAAUGCUUCCCAAUCACGAGUAAGUGA